UGUAUGUUCUGUGAUCUGUUUAUUUUUUGUUCUUUUUGAAUUAAUGUAUUUUACUCUUCAGUCGUCUGACAUAUUAACUCCAUUAUGAGGCUGAUGGUGAUGAUGAAUGUUAUUCAUGUACAUGCACAGGACAAUGGAGACGUGUACGAACCCCCCCCCUACGAGCGGACUGCCAUCAAAGUCGAGACACAACCAACCAAUCUGGAUUUAAUUUACCUGGACCACUCGUCCGAUCAGCCGGCCCCACAGAGGCCCGCCGCUCCACCCCCAAGACCACCCGUCCAGCCUCAGAGACGAGGUGCUCAACCGCAGAGACCUCCAAGACAAUGUGAUCCACAAAGACCGAUUCCUCCUGCAAUGGCACCAGCUGGCCCACCACCCAGGCCAAUCAAACUGACACCGUCGGGCAAAGUUUUGCCGCCACGACGGGAAGCCGAGGUGUUUCACGAUCCCAGCAUCACCAAUCCUCCUGAGGUGGACAGACAGGAGAAGCCGGGGAAGAGUAGUGCCCUAAACAAGUUUCCCCCCCCUCAUUUCGCAAGGCCCCCUCUCCCAGGCCCGGCCCCAGACACAGAGGAAGAUGUGUACGUAGAUCCAAAUGAAGAACAGGGAGACAGUGAUGGCGUGUAUCUCAAGCCAACACCAUCUUUGCCUUUGCCCUCUCCUGCACCAAUGAGAUUGCCUCCUCCUCCAAUGGUGGCACCUCCUGGUGGCCUGAUGAAGCCUCCUGUGCCGAGGACCACGAAUAAUUCUCUGACAACAUCCGUCACUGAGAUGAAACCAGCUCCUGAUGGCAGGCGGCCCAUGCUGGCCCUACCACCCCAGAAGGACUCCAAACCUCGAAUUCCUUCUCCCCCAACGGUGGACCAAAUCCCAGGAGUUUUCCCCAAAGCAUCUUCCACUGGAAUGAAAUCCACCAAAGUGACCGGCAAUGAGGACAAUGAGUGGUUCACUGCGGUUUCUACGAGAAAGUAUGCUGAGGACCUCCUCCUGAGAAUCAAUAAGGACGGCGCCUUCCUCAUACGCCCCAGCUCGUCCCAGGACCCCCGGCAACCGUACACCCUGGCCGUGCUCUACAGGGAGAAGGUCUACAACAUUCCUAUACGCUUCGUGGUGGAGAUGCAAGGCUACGCCCUGGGGAAGGUCGGGAAGGACUUUGAAGACACCUUCCCGAGUCUCCAGGAUAUUAUUGCCCACCACAAGAAGAACCAGCUUGUUCUCAUCGACAGCAUGAGCCAGGCCAUGCACAAAACGUACCUAGUCCACCCUGCCCGGCCUUAAGACGACCCUCACAAUCCCUCUCAACCAUAACACAUAUUUAACAUCAAGAGAGUACUUCAAGCCUAUUGAUCUGUUACUGGGGCUCAUUUUAGCCUAUUUGCUUCAAGUACAUUCAAUUGUAUUGUCUAUGUGCAUCAAGGCAAGUACAUUUUAUUGUUUGUAACCAACACCUAUUUUAACUGCAAUUUACCUCACAGACCUGCAACAAGAUUGUGUCCCUUUUAAAAUAAGCUUAGCAUAUCAUGUGUGCAUAAUAAGGAGGCUUAUACAAAUGUCUACUUUGAAUAAACAU